CUUGGAGAGUCGGGUCAAAAGUUAACUUUCAUUAUUGCUAAUACUCGUUAAAUCUGAUUAAUCCUUUGCUUAUUUUCAGACGCUACUUGUGAAGCUACAAAGUCAUUUGAGGCUACUUUGUUAAGGGUACCACUAAUUUGUCCUGGACCAUGGCCAAUGUCUCGAUCUCCAAUGAUAAUUUUAGUGAUUUCCAGGGUGAUCACUUUCAUCUUGAAGCAUAUGAGAGAAGUGAAUUAGUCAUCAAUGGCGUUGAAGAUCCUUGGUUUGAACAUGAAGAUUGUGCAGAUAUUGAUUCUCUUUACUCCAUUUGUGGCCUUAACAAUGAAGAGAAUACAUCUAAUGAACAAGUUAGAACCAACUUAUUGGAAGAUCAGCAACAAAGGAUAUCAGAUUGGACGCAAAAUCAUUUCCCCACCAACAUGGUCAUACCGGUCCAAAUCCAAUCCUCUAUCGAAGCACCAAAGAAUGAUGAUUUCCAACCUCAACUACCAGAACCUGGCAACUCUAGCAAUGAAAAACCAAAGCCGUUUUCUUUAGCAUCUUUGGACAUACUGAACAAUUAUGGCAGACUGAGCAAGAAAUCGAGUGAGGAAAACUUGAGCACUAAUGCACUAAGCUGUGAGGCCUGCAUAGGUAACAGCCACAAGUUGUCAAUGGAAGAACUCUUGAGGGCUGCUGGAGAAAGGUAUGUACAAUACUCCACCCAAAGGGUAGAUGGUCUUUCUAUGUUUAUCCACGCUUAUGGUUCGGCACUCUCAGGCCUUUGUAUGGAGGAAACAAGGGAUAUGGAACUCGUCCACCUCCUCCUAACUGCAGCAGAACAAGUGAGUAAUCAGCAAUUCCAUCUAGCUAGCAAAUUGAUUUCUCGAUGUAUGUGGGCGGCAUCUGAUACAGGUAAUCCAGUCCAGAGACUUUGUUUCUAUUUUGCUAAAGCCUUAGAAGAAAGGAUUGAUCGAUCAACUGGAAGAUACACAUGUACGGAUGAAGAUCGCCACCUCAAGUAUAUAAAAACUAUGUCAUUAGGAACCAACUCUGCAUUCUUGACCUGCCACCAGGUAAUUCCCUUCAAUCAAGUUAUGCAAUUUGCAGGAAUUCAAACAAUUGUUGAAAAUGUCAGAAGCGCAAAAAAGAUCCAUUUGAUUGAUUUUAAUAUCAGAAGUGGAAUUCAGUGGACAGUCUUGAUACAAGCUCUUGCAGAAAAAGGUGAUAGUCAAAUUGAGCUUCUCAAGAUAACUGCAGUUGGAAGCACAGAAAAAGAGAACUUUGAAGUAACAAGCAACACAUUACACAGUUUUGCCAAGUCCUUAGGUCUGCCAUUUUCAUUUGAUAUAGUUUUUGUCUCAGACAUGAAAGAUUUCAAGAAAGAAUCAGUCAAUAUUAAAUCAGAUGAGACUGUGGCUGUUUAUUGUAACUCUAUGCUAAGGACAAUGUUACCAAGACCAGAUUGUUUGGAUAAUUUGAUGAAAGAAGUCAGAAGUAUUGGACCAACCAUUAUUGUUAUUGGUGAAGUCGAAGCAAACCAUAAUUCACCAUCAUUCUUGAACCGCUUUAUUGAGACACUUUUCUUUUAUGGUGCAUUUUUUGAUUGCUUUGAGGACUGCAUGGAUCGAGGCAGUCCAUGUCGAACAACAAUUGAAGGGGUGUAUUUUGGUGAAGGUAUUCGGAACAUUGUGGCGGCUGAAGGUGAGGAAAGGUUCACCAGGAAUGUGAAGCUUGAAGUAUGGAGAGCAUUCUUUGCAAGGUUUGGUAUGGUGGAAGAAGAGCUUAGUGAGUCAGCUUGGUAUCAAGCUAAUCUGAUUCUCAAGCAAUUCGCCCAAGGCAGUUCUUGUGAUAUUCAAAAGGAUGGGAAAGGCCUCAUUAUUGGGUGGAAGGGAACACCAAUUCAUUCUCUAUCCAUUUGGAAGUUCUUGUAAGAAGGCAACUUUCCUUGUUGACGAAACAAAUAGGAUGCUUACUUGCACAGUUCGUUUGUACACCAUCAACGUUCUGUAGCUGGUAUGACCAUAAGGCAUCUCCAAGCUACCUAAGUCUAGAGUUUUGCUCUUAAAACUCAUAUUUGUGGGAUAGAGGGCUAGUGGUACCUGCUGUCCACCUUUCCUCCUUUGUUUUGAGCAUCGUGUGAACAAAGAGUGGGCACAAGAAACGAAGGUCCUCAUAUAGAGUCGCAUAUAUAGAGUCACAUACAUAAGCAGUGCGGGAUACUAGGGAAUGGAUUGGUUAAUUACUACUCCUAUCCCUUUAGUUUGAGGAUGUUAACCACAGAAUUACAAUAUUACAAGAAACCUGUGAUUAGGCCGGAAAGCAUGAAGAGAAAUUUUUGAAGUCCAUGGUGCCAAAAGCGGAUCAGGAGGCGCUUGCAAAUUACUCUCAGCUCUGAUAUGGACAAUCCCUCGUUUCAUCGUGGAUCAUUCACUUCCAACCUAAUCCCAGGGAAUAAUGGUUCUCUUAGAGGUUGUUGAGGAGUUGUUGGCAAGAGUUACAACUAUUUAUCAGUUAUGGAGGACUCCAUAGAUAUCCAGAACUUCUGUACCAAUUAUGGGUUCUAUCAAGAAUAUGCAGUCAAUCCACAAGUUCAAGAAAUGAAUAAACAACAAGAAGAAAUGAAUGUGUAUGCUGCUCAUUCUGCAGGUCAAUUAAGUCGAGGAAAAAUGAAGCUCAAUGGUCUAGAAACAGGAAGCGAUGUGGACAAGGUACCUUUUUCAUCUCUAGCUCCUUUUGAAUUUCUGAGGAACAAUCCGAGCAGGUACAAGAAUACUGAAGGACAUAAAGUUAGAGAUAUGAACGAUGAAGCCAACGUGUACCAGAAGCUCUCAACUAUGCAAAUCAUGAGGCUAGCUGGAGAAAGAUUUAUCCAAUUCUCUUCUAACAAGUUCAUUAACAUAAACAGUCUUUUGCACCCGUAUGGUUCUGCUCUCUCAGACCUUUCUCCUGAAGAUAAUCAAGACGUAGAACUUGCUCAAAUCCUCCUAGCUGCAGCUGAAAAAGUUUCUGACCAGCAAUACGACCGUGCAAGGAAAUUUCUGGGUCAAUGCCAACCACUUGCAUCAAGCACAGGUAAUCCUGUGCAAAGAGCAGUCUUUUAUUUUGCACAAGCACUUGGAGAGAAGAUCGAUAGAGAAACAGGAAGGUUAAUGCCAAAAAACUCUACAAAAGCAGAUGAACUUAACAGUAUCUGUGUGGCAUCAAGAUUCGACGCCUCAUACUUAGCGUUACAUCAAGAAGUUCCAUUCACCCAAGUGGUGCAUUUCACAGGAAUUCAAGCCAUACUAGAAAGUGUAGCAACAAAACCCAAAGUUCACCUAAUUGAUUUCCUUAUCAGAACAGGGGUACAAUGGGCAUCCUUGAUCCAAGCAGCGGCAGAGAGAAAGGAUAAGCCAAUCGAACACAUGAAGAUCACAGUAAUCGAAUCAGGAGAUAAAGAAAGAGUAUUCGAAACAGGCAAGUCUUUAGAGAGUUUUGCUAAGUCCUUGAACUUCCCUUUCUCUUUCAAGAUCAUCUUUUUACCAGAUAGGAACCAACUAACCGAAGACCACUUCGACAUAGAACCUGACGAAGGGGUAGUCAUUCACGCAGCAUUCUUUCUAAGGACAAUGAUUUGCGAACCAAACUGUCUAGAAACCGCGAUGAGAGUUGUAAAAAAACUGCAACCAUCAUUAAUGGUAGUAUCAGAAGUAGAGGCAAAUUUGAAUUCACCUCUAUUCGCGAACCGCUUCAUAGACUCGUUAUUCUAUUACAGUGCAUUAUUUGAUUGCCUGGACGAUGUAAUGAAACGGGAUGAUCAACACAGGAUGACAAUCGAAUCAGUGUCAUAUGGAGACGGGAUUCGGAACAUAGUAGGGAGUGAAGGGAAGGAAAGGGCAACAAGAAGUGUGAAUCUUGAUGUGUGGAGAUCAUUCUUAGGGAGGUUUGGAAUGGAGGAAGUAAAGCUGAGUGACACAUGUUUGUAUCAGGCUAACUUGAUUAUUCAGCAGUUUGCUUGUAGGAAUUCUUGCAGUGCGGAUGUAAAUGGAGGGUCUCUCACGGUUAGCUGGAAAGGGACCCCAAUCUAUUCCACUUCUGCUUGGAGAUUCCAUUGAGUGAAUUCCUUCCUUCUUUUUGGAAUUUUGUAACGUGUGUGGCCCUUCCCGGACCUUGCUAAAUCAGGAUGCUUAUGCUCCAGGCUAUCCUUUUUUUCAACAUUUGUGAGUUUAUCCAUUGUUUGCUUUGUGUGAA